AUGUACGACGUGGUCGUUUCUCAAAUGGGCGAAAAUACCUCGGCAAAGCUUGCCAUUCCUGUCGAGGUGGCACCCGAGCCGGAUCUUCGACCGAAAAUAUAUUCCAUUAUCAGAUGGACGUGUAUCGAGAAACGAGUGAAAAAAGUUUCAAACAGUACGAAAAAAAAGUUUCUCCCUAGAUAUUUAUUCUGGAACCAUACGAAACCAUUGUUAACAAUAACCGCGAAUUCAUCGUUAUUUAUUAUAACAGUAGUUUACAAUCUGGUUUCCCUAACACCGACCAUGGAAGUUUCCUGCACCUUCGAGUCGAACAACACGAGCGAGUUGAGCGUGCAGGAGGGGAACGUUAAGAAAAAUCGAAGGAGGAGGAAGAAUCCGUCGAACAGGGAGAUGGAGGUGCAAAAAUCAACGAGCAAGGAGAAUCAAUCUCUGGCGAUCGAGAGCAAGGACGUGAAUUCGUGCUUGGCGCCGGAAACGAUGGUGGAAGAGCCGUUGAAACCAAGAUGGAUAUUGCUGCCGGGCGAAAGUCAGAGGUACAAGAUCCGAUUUCAACCGGAAGAGACAGGCCGUUACGAGGAAACGUACGCCGUGACCAUAGCGGAGGGAAACUGCAUCACUUACGACAUAAACGUUGUCGGUGUCGCGGACGUGCCGAGGCUCGACAUGAAUCCUGAUACCAUCUUCGCGAAAGUAAUUAAACGAUAUCGAGUAUAUAAACCGUAUAUAAACAUGUUAGGUAACCUUUUUCGUUCCAUGUUUUUUUCUACUAUUAUUCUUUCUAAAUCUGAUAUCACGCGAUAUAAUGUUUUCCAGACCAUGGCCACUAAAUUGCACGCGACAGACAAUUCCAUAUACUUUUACGACACGGAGACCUAUGACUUCGGAUCCCAGCUGAUUUUCCAUCAAGACCAAAAGCCGCAUUAUCGAAAAGCUUGGCUCAAGUUCUGCAACAUUUCCGAAGUGCCGGUGGAAGUUUUCUUCUCCCUUUCCGAAAACGAGUGUUUUUCCAUCGAACCACAGAUGCUUUAUAUCGACCAAGGCGAUUGCGCGACAUUGAUCGUGACAUCCGUCGCGACCAGACUCGGGAUCGUCAAAACGAAGCUGUUACUGUGCAUCACGAACAACCCGAAAGUGGAGAUCCUCAUGCUUCAAAACGAGGGCACCAAGUUGGACAUCGAGCUGGACGGGAAAAAUAUGUUCUUCGGUCGCACGCUACUCUAUCGAACGGAAUACAGAACGUUAACGAUUAUAAACAAUACUCCGGUCUCGUUCUUCUGGUUCUUGGAGCUCGAGGAAUCCGACAAUUCUCAAAUAUCGUUCGUACCUCACGAGGGGAUGAUCGAUGCCCACGGCAAACGGGAAGUGGAAUUCCAGUACAACGCUAACCAGAUCGGCAUGGUCGACAAGAAAGUAGUAAAGUUCAACGCGUUCCUCGCCAAAGAAGAUUCGGAUGCCAUUUUUACGGAAAUUAUCCUAGUGUCGGGCGAGACUUACGACGUUACGGUGGACAUCAACGACGCGAAUCCUAUCGAUUUCAAAAAUAUAAAAGCGGAAUUCCCCGCGAAAGCUACGUUCAGCAUGAGAAAUCGCGGCAACUAUGAGGUGAAAUACGUAAUAACGUUGCAAGAGAAAGAGAAGCUGAACGAAUUAAAUCUGCCUCAAAACUUCAAGAAGAAGAUGCAAGUCGAGCCGUGCAGCGGAACCAUUUUGCCUCAUACGGAGAAAAUCGUAGAGCUGACAUUACAUCCGAUGAUGGAGUUGAAUCUUAAGGAAGUUCCGAUAUUAAUAUGCAAUUUGAUCGACAUGCAAAAGAAACUUACGAUAAUCGCCGAGAUCCCUUUGAAAGUUUCCCUCGUUUCGUUUUACACGAGAUUUCGCAUCCACCCGUUCCCAGUGGUGAACUUUGGAACAAUGGCCAUAUGCACGGAGAAAACGAUGUACAUUAACAUCGAGAACACGGGGAAAUUUCCAUUGCAUUACUUCCUUCGAUUGAUGGAACAUCCAUCCAUGGUGUACAUGACGAAAUUGUGGCCAACGGAGGUCGAAAAGAAAAAACCGAUUAUACCCGAGGCGCUAACGAAGAAGAUGAAGAAAGGCGUAAAAAAUGAUAAAUCCUUGGAACCGGAAAAAAUAAUAUUGGGACCGAUGACGAUAACGAAGCUGGAGGGUAAUGUGGACGUUGGACAAAUGGACAGUGUCGCCAUUAAUUGUUAUCCGGAAUUCGUUGGCUCCCAGGAGGAGCAGAUCGUACUUGUCGUCCCCGAUACCAUACCCCAAGACAAAGACGGGAAGAUAAUCACUUUAUCGGUGACCUCGUCCAUCCCUUGCAUCGAUUUUCAAAACUUCGACGCGAUGUUUCACGAAAACUACGUGGUCGAAAGAAUUCAAGACUUCGAUUGUUUCAACGAUAUCGGGCCGCACACCGUAUUUGUCCGCCAAGAGAGGUGUCUCUACUUCCGGUACAUCAGCGUGCAGAGUACUCACGUAGCUUGUUUCAAAUUGUUCAAUUACGGCAUAGUCCCCGUGAACAUAAGUAUCGAACUCAUAGAAGACUCACUGUUACCCGAUAAGACAAAGUUCAACGUGUUCAUCAUAGACCCGAUGUACGAACAGAUCCUUCCCAUGAACCACAAAGUGUUCACCGUGUCCUUCACUCCGAGCACCAUAGAGACGUUUCGCGCGCAAUUUCACGCAAGAGUUGUUUUGCCCUCGCAUCUGGAAGCGGACGAGCUGAUGGUGAAAUUGAUAGGGGAAUCUUGCGUGCCGGAAGUGGAGAUCAUGGAGCCGAUCCAUGCAACGCGGGAAACACCUUGCUUGAACUUUCCACGCACGUUGAUCGACGAAGGCACUUGCAAGUAUUUCUCAUUGAAGAACAUCGGAUUCAUCAAGGCGAAAGUGAUCGUUGAAAUAGUGGAGGAUCCCAACAACGUGUUCACUUUCUUCCCUUGCCCGGACACGCAGCAUUUGUUGCAAAUUUUGGAAGAGUAUUGCAACGAGCCGUACGAUCGAUGCACCGUGGUACGGUUGGGGACCAGAGACAUGGCACGUUUUAAAGUAACGUUUGCGCCCGAAAAAAUUGGAAAGUUCUACGGGAAAAUUCGUUUGCACGUGAUCGAUAAUCCUUACGAGAAUCUAACGAUCAAUUUGGAGGGGGAUUGUUACGUGGAGGCGAUCGUGUUGGAAGGUUUACCCCUCGAUGACAAUAAAGUUAGAAUGUCGAAUGUGGGCAAUCGAGAAAAUUACAGGCGGAAAUUAACCUCCAGGCAGGCCUCCUUGUUGUCAGAGUCGAACAAUCAGGUGUACUUGCCCUAUCUCACCUAUAUUCUCGACUACGGGCUUUGUUUCGUUAGCAAAAUGUAUAAAAAAACAUUUAAGAUCAUCAACAAAACAACGGACCGAUGGUUCCGUUUCCAAUGGGGUUUGCAUAACCACGUUGUGUUCGAGCCAUCUACUGGACAUAUAAAGUAUCUCACGUUCAAAGAGAUCAUCGUUACUUUCUUGGCAACGGAGCCGAAAACUCACCAGAACACUUCUAUCGAGUGUUCGAUAUGCGAAAUAUUGGUAGAGAAUCCGGAUGAUGAAAUUGCAUGGGACGACAGACAAACGGAAGUGCAAUGGAAGAAAUAUCACGACGCAUCGACGAAUGACGAUUUGUUGAAGAAGAUCGUGGAACCGACCGUGGAGUCGAUUCACAACAUCGUCCCUGGAACGACGAAAAUUCUCCAACUCCUGUUAAACGUCAUCGUCGCAUAUUCGGAAUACUCGUGCAUCGUUGAAGAAAUAUUUUUCAAAGAUACCUUGAUGUAUCAGACCAGGGAGUAUACGUUCACCUUAACGAAUCCAGGUGUCGUGAACACGAUAUACAUAUGGAAGAUAAACAUGGACGAGCAGUAUCCGAAGAGAUACCUAGGAGAGAAUUCAAACGUGAAUUCGAGGCAGAAAAUGUCGGAAUCCUCGAGUCACUUUUCGAAAUCGUUCAGGGGAACAUUGUCCGCGAUGAGUCAAAGAAACUAUUACGAGGACGACGUGAGCGCGGACGAUUCAAAGUAUUUUUCACAACAAUGCACCUCCUUCAUCACUGACAGCGUGGAUAUGAAAGGGCUGAGCACGACCAGGCCGUCGGAUCUGUUCAGCAGCACCGCCGGAUUGUCGGGAAGAACCACCGACAGUUGGCUGGAAGGCGACGAUUUGCCGUUCGCAAUCCACCCUGAGAUGGGGACGAUACCGCCCGGAAAAUCCGAGGAAUGUACAUUAAAAUUCUCCCCCAAGGAUGUAUUUUAUUACAAGGCAUACCUUACGUGCAAGAUAGAGAAUCUGAAUCCGCAUCUGCCGAUCUUGAUGAUACCAGUCAUGGCAAGAAGUUUGUUGCCGUACUGUCACUUCGACGUGCAGGAGAGCGACUAUGUAUCGAGCGGGAGGCGCGAUGCACACCUACCCGGUCCCGUGGGAUACGAAAUAGACGAUCCAGAUCUAUGGCGGAACAUCAGGGUAAUCGAAUUUAACGUGAUCGGCAUUGGCGAAACCCACGUGAGAAAAUUCCACUUGGUCAACCCUACCGUGGACGAUUACCAUUUCUCGUGGAAGAAUCGAACCUUUCUUAGCGGGAUCGAGAUAUCGAAUUUCCACUGCACGGUGACCGAGGGGAUCGCCGAACGCGGGAAACGUACCGACAUGUCUUUCACGUUUUUGGCAAACGAUGUCGGAGUCUUCGAAUCGUUCUGGCUCUUCUCCAUCGAGAGAUACAAUCUGGAAUGCCUUUUUCUGGUCGUCGGCAUCGUGACCGAACCGUCGGUGUACUGUAUGAUGGCACACGUGAAACUGAAGCCAACGAUCUUGGGAUUCAACGUGAGAGAAUCGAUAAAAUUUCUCAACAACGAGAAUUUCCACAUACCAUUCAGAGUGUUGGAAGAAUCCCUUUAUUCGGAGGGUAAAUUUCAAAAGCUCAACAUCACCCCAAUGACAGGAACCUUCGUGUCGAAGUGCGAACAGCAUCUCUGGAUCGAGUACUAUCCAACCCGGGUCGGUGAAUUCAAAUUUUACAUUCAGUGCGCCGUGAACCUGAUGAAAAAACCGAUUACCAUAUUAGUGAACGCCUCCGUUUACGAUAUAACGCUCUCGGUUUCCUAUUGCUUACCAAACGGCGAAAUCAUGACAGCUAUUAAGAAUAAGGAGAACAUUAUCGAUUUUGGCAAGAUAAUACCCGAGAUACCGAUCACCGUCAAAUUCGACAUAAAGAAUACCUGCAAAGUGGCGUUCUAUUACUGUUGGGAGCUCGGCAUCACGCCAGAAAUUAUGUUCAGAAAUUCAUACACCAUAACGAUAUCUCAGAAACAAGGUCAUCUAAUCAGCGAGAAUCAAUGUAACUGUUACUUGACUUUGACAACAUUUCAGAAAAUUCACAUAAAAGAUCAUUGCGUUUUGCUGAAAGUACGUCACAUGGUUGUGAGACUCGUAAAAAAAAAAAAAAAUGUCAAGAAUAAUUUUUUUUUUAAAUUUCUCCAGAUUUCCAACGGUCCCUCUUACAAAUUUAUACUGAAAGCGUUCUCCAAGAAGCCUGCUAUCGAAUUCAGUUUCAAUCGUUACGAUUUUGGGUAUUGCUACGUUCACGAGAGCGAAUUAGUUUCAUACAAGACGGAGCUUACCGUGACAAACACCGAAGACACAUCAUACGUACUCGAAUGCAAGUACGAGAACAAACCCCACCUCUCCAUCGAUUUGAAUUUCAUGUCCGAAGCGUUGGCCCCCCACUCUAAGAUCGUCAUACCGAUCACUUUUCAACCGUUUAAGGAGAUAAAGUACCACGAAUGUUUGGUGUUUGUGAUCAACUCGCGUCACGAGAGGAGAAUAACGAUUACAGGCGAGGGGAUCCCUUAUAAAGUAAAUUAUUCCCGAAUGAAAACUUUCGUGUAG